CGCGCGUGCGUUCUGUUUCGGCUGUUGUUCCGGCUUUACCGGCGUGUCUGACUGCAGACUGCCGAAUGGUAUCGAUAUGAUAUUGUUUCGUUGUGCAGUUGUGCCUGCCACAUAACCCUCUGUCGGUAUGCCCAAGGCGUUUUAGCUCACGAACCAAGCGAUCGAUCAUGUUGCCAAGGCGAUCGCUUCGAUGCUUGCGCGCGUUCCACGCCGGAAAGUCGGUUCCGGAGACGUUCGUCCGUGCCUCCCGAUUGCUGCAGCCCAGUGCGUCCACGAAGUCUGACUCAAAGCAGGCCCUUUGUAAAAGCCAGAAGCUCAUGCUGGAUCAUGGACUGAUAAGCUCGACAGGUCCCGGAACGUUUGCCCUGCUCCCUCUGGCCACGAAGGCGCUGGAGCGCCUCGUCCAUCUAAUCGACUCCGAGCUCCAGCGAGUCGGUGGCCAGAAGACGUACUUUCCGUGCCUUGUGCCGAGUGCUCUCUUCAAGAAGACAGGUCGCUUGGACAAAUUGGGCCAAGAACUGUUAAUGCUGAAGGACAGGAAGGACCAUGACUACUGCCUUGGACCUACUCAUGAAGAAUCCGUAACACAACUCGUCGCAUCUUUGAAGACUUUGCCUCAUGCGUCUCUGCCACUUUUGCUGUAUCAGAUAACUCCGAAAUUUCGGGACGAAGCACGACCAAAGUUUGGACUACUUAGGGGUAGAGAAUUCAUCAUGAAAGAUAUGUACUCAUUCGACAAAACUGUUGAAGAGGCUGCUAAUACUUACAACAUGGUGUGUGAUGCAUACGGGAGGAUUCUGCAGCAACUCGAAGUGCCUUUUGUCAAAGUGAAGGCAUCCACAGGUGCCAUGGGGGGCAGUUACUCCCACGAGUUCCACUUUCUCAAUGACAUUGGCGAGGAUCGCCUUCAUGUAUGCACACAAUGUCAGACAGGCCUUAGUGUUGACGAAGCCGGCUCAGACUGCCAGGAAGAGACAUGUGAGAAUUGUGGAGGGCGCCUGCAAGAAGCGAGAGGCAUUGAGGUGGCUCACGCUUUCUGCUUGGGAACCACGUAUUCCGAGCUGCUCGGUGCGACCACUCAUCACGCCGAUGGAAAGAACAGACCGUUUGAAAUGAACUGCUUUGGGAUCGGCAUCACGCGGCUUCUGGCAGCGUGCCUCGAAAUGCUUGCAUCGGACGACCGGAUGCGGUGGCCCCUUUCCUUAGCGCCUUUCAGGGUUGCCAUUGUCACGCCCAAGCGAGGUAGCCAUGAAGUGGGAAGCUUGCCCUUGGCAGAACACCUAGCAGGGCAGCUGGGUUUGCUCGACCAGCUGCGAGGUGCGAUAAUUAUGGAUGACAGGGAUGACUGGACCAUUGGGAAAAGGCUAAAGGACCUUGACACCCUGGGAAUACCUUACAUCAUCGUUGCUGGCAAGAAGACCAACGAACCGGUGCCCCUGUUUGAGCUUUACGACUCACUAGAAGGCUCAACAGCUGAACUGACGCAUUCAGAACUCCUGCACUUCUUUCAAUUUGGACCAUUAGCUGUAAAGAGAAUAUACUAAAGUUAUUUAAUUGCCUUAUUA